AUGGACUCACAAUUUGAGAGCUUUCCUAUUUAGGACAACUAAUAAGACAUAUAAGAGAUGAUUUUAAGAUAACUUCAAUAAUAGGCAUUCACUAAUUACAUUUCCAGUACUUAAACUAAAGAGAGAAUUUUAUUAAACGAGAAUAGUAGAUUGAAGGAAGAUAAUUAAAAAUUGCAAGAGAAGGCGAAUAUGCUUGAAAUUAAGCAAGAAGAACUAGUUAAUGAGAUUUAAGACCUUCGACUAUUAGUUAAAAGAGUUUAUAAUGAGGGGGAAAUCCAUGCCGAGAAAUUAAGGAUGAAGAAUAUGGAAUUAGUACAAUAAAAUGAAACCUUAUCAAAAGGAUUAGAGAAUUUAUAAAAAAAUAUGGAGAGUUUUUCAAGCAUUAAAUAAAUUAGUGAAUUUUAUGAGAAUGUCGGAGAACUCGAAGAUGUAUAUUAAGACAAUAACUGACUUUUAUAUUAUUUUUUUUUAUUAUAUUAUUGAUAAAUAAAAA